CGGAGCGGGGGUUGGUCGUCUACUCGGUUUACUGCUCUGCUCUGUAGGGGCAGUGAGGUGAGAAGCAUGUGACUCUCUUCACUUCGCCAAGAAGUCACGCACCAAACGCCCCCACCGCAGCAAGUACUCCGCCCCCUCCGCUCCUCUCCCCUUCCGGCUUCCCCUCUCAUCGCAACCCCCUUCCGUUCGUUCCUCCCCUCCUCGAGCUCCGGGAAUCGGAGAGGCUUGCGGCAGCCAUGGCGUCCAGCGCUUCCCGGUUCAUCAAGUGCGUCACGGUGGGCGACGGCGCCGUCGGCAAGACCUGCAUGCUCAUCUGCUACACCAGCAACAAGUUCCCCACCGAUUACAUACCUACUGUGUUCGACAAUUUCAGCGCAAACGUAGUUGCGGAUGGCACCACGGUCAAUUUGGGCCUUUGGGAUACCGCUGGGCAGGAGGAUUACAACCGACUGAGGCCUCUAAGCUACCGUGGUGCUGAUGUUUUUGUGCUUGCCUUCUCGCUUGUGAGCCGAGCUAGCUAUGAGAAUAUUAUGAAGAAGUGGAUACCGGAGCUUCAGCAUUACGCACCUGGUGUGCCUGUUGUGUUGGUAGGCACAAAAUUGGAUCUUCGUGAAGACAAGCACUACUUGCUGGACCAUCCUGGCAUGAUACCAGUUACCACAGUACAGGGGGAGGAACUUCGGAAACAAAUUGGUGCUUUGUAUUACAUAGAGUGCAGCUCAAAGACACAGCAGAAUGUCAAAGCUGUCUUCGAUGCUGCUAUCAAGGUAGUAAUCCAGCCCCCAACUAAGCAAAGAGAAAAGAAGAAAAAGAAACAACGCCAUGGAUGUUCUAUGAUGAGCAUCUUCGGCGGAAGGAAAAUGCUAUGCUUCAAAUCCUGAAUGUCAAAGGGGUCUCUUGCCUGAAGCGAUGGCGUGGAUGCAGCCUCAAGAGAUCUGGAUGUGCUGAUUGCACAGUUAAUGUGUAUAUUUGCAUUGUUGGUAAUUAAUUACUAGAGGUAGAUGGUUAAACUAGCAUGCUAUGUACUUCACGAUGCCUGUGUUACUAGCAUUCGUCUGAGUUAGGAAGUUUGAUAGAGGCCAGCGAAACAAACGAGAUUUUGUUCCAUCUUGACAAAAUCGUAACUUUAGAAGUCUCAGUGCAUUGCCAGUUAGUCUGUUUUGUGAUUCCGCGAUAACAUUGAAAGCAACAACAGUCAGUUAAGUUUGGUGCCUUCGUUUUGAGCA